CAAUGGGGCUCCGUUCCAACGGGUCUCUAUGAUUAAAGGAGGAUGUCAAUGGCUCCAUCCACAAUGGAAAGCGACCGCUUACCUCAUCAAACAACAGCCGCUGACGCUGCCAAGGCUGUGUCCGCUCCUCCCUCAUCGUUGCCUCUGGAUGCCGACCCGUCUGUGCCGUGGCCUGACUGGCCUGGCACGCCCUUCUGUGCAGUGGCCGGUCUGAUCAUAGCGGGCUGCAUUGAGAGUGCCUACCUGUCUUACGUCGAGUGGGCGGGGGACGGCGAGCGGCCCGGCUGCCCCGUGGGCGGCUGCUCAGAGGCACUCACCGGACCUUGGUCAAAAGUGGCGGGUGAGGGGGAUGCGAUGCAUGAAUGCUUUGGUGGAGGAUACACAUGUUUUGUGUCUUUGUGUAUUGGUUUGCAGGCGUUCCUCUGGCUUUUUGGGAUUGUGCGCUUAUGUGGCGGAGCUGGUGCUGUGUGGGCUGCUGUGGGGGGCGAAGGAGUCAAGACGUCAGUGCAAAGGAGACAGAGAUUGGCGGGUGGCAUCUGUUUCUGUGUGUCUGUCCAUCCAUCCAUGCAUGGUGCAGGUGGAGACGCCUUGCUUCGCCAGCUGCUGCUGUUUGUGUCGUGCAUGAUGGCUGUCUUCAGCUGCUACCUUAUGACGUUGCUCGGUUUCCAAGUCAGUGAAUGACACAGAGCCCACAAAGACCGACCGCACUUUAUUGCAUGCGGCUUCUGUGUGUGCAGAUUGGUCAGUUUUGUCCGUGGUGCUUCGCCUCUGCCUGCAUAUGCUGGACCAAUGCGAUCAUAUGCCUCACAACGGUAAGGGAGCGUCCCAGGCCAGCCGAGACGUGUGUCUCUGUGUAUGGGUGUCGUGUCGUCCAGUCUCUCGUUCCCAUUCCCAAACGCGCCACACUCAUUGCUGUCGCGGCCGCCGUGUCAGCCCUUAUUUUCUCAGGUAAGUACUGUGUGUCUCACUCAGUGUGGUGCGCCUCUUGUCAUCCAUUCACUCAUUUGUUGGUCUAUCAGGUGUCCUCUAUAUGGUGCAGCGUGCCUUGAUGCCCUCCCCGUCCGCCAUCAAGACCACCGGCGCGACCUUCGACCUGGCCUCCCCCUCUCAGUCGGAAGAGCUCGUCAACAACCUCAUUGCAGCAGGGGCCGUCAUGUAUGGCUCGUAAGUAAGACAAGACACACACCUUGGCACCUAAAUCCAUUUCAUGUAUGUGUUCAUUCAUUGUGUGCAGGGCUGUCUGCGGGCAUUGUCGCGACCAGAAGACGGCCAUCGGCCAGGCGUGGCGCCGAUUCGCCGACACCGGGCACUUUGUCGAGUGCGAGAAGGGACAGCCGAACAGCCAGCCUGAGAAAUGCUCAGACGUAGGUGACGAAAGAGCACGGACACACACAGAGAGACCAUACGGCCCCUACCUUUGUGAUGCAGAUCGAGGCGUACCCGACCUGGGUGAUCGGGGGCGAGAGGUUCACGCGCUUCCUCACCAUCAAGGAGCUGGCGGCCGCGGCACUCGCACACCUGCCGAGCCAAACACCCACACCCACACCCACUCCCGGCCCCUCUCUGCUGCAGGAAGCCAUCCACACCCACCCAGAGAGGCAGAGACACAUCCACAUGCAGCAACGGUCCUUAGAGAUGAUGAGGGGCACAGAUGGAGACAAAGAUGGGCCAAUGGCAGCAUCACCAUCGCAAGACGCCGCCAUACUGCUGAGCAGGGAGGAGGCGGAGAAGGUGUUGAAAGGUGUACGGGCCACUGGGAGGGUGGUCGAUGUGAGCAGAGUGCCGUUCGAGUGUGUCGGGCCGCUCGCGAGAGCGAGAGAGAGAGCAACGGGGGAAAGAAAGAGACCGGCGAGGUAAGUGUGUCCGUGUCGGUCGGCUUUUGUGUGUGAUGGG